AUGCCCCAAUUUAUCCCUGGCAACACCAGCAACAACAACACCACGGGCCUCGAGCGGCGCCUGGGGGACCCGAACGUCGAGGAGUAUGUGUUCCCGAUCCUGAUCGCGCUGGCGUGGUGCAACGCGCUGGAGCUGCUGGUGCUGUGCUUCAACACCUUCAAGCGGUACGCGGGGCCCUACUUCUGGAGCCUGCUGGUCGCCUCGGUCAGCAUCCUGCCCUUCGGGCUGGGCUACCUGCUGAAGAUGUUCGACAUCACCGCGACGCACUUCUACCUGGAGAUCGCCAUCUCGGAUCUCGGCUGGGCCGGCAUGGUGACCGGCCAGUCGCUGGUGCUCUGGUCGCGGCUGCACCUGGUGCUGCACAACCGGCGCCUGCUGCGCGCGCUGUUCUGGCUGAUCGCCGUCGACGGCGUGCUGCUGCACGGCUGCGCCACCGCGCUGGAGUUCGCGACCAACGCCCGGCCGGACUCCCGCGCCGUCUCCCUCGGGUUCGGCGUUGUCGAGCGCAUCCAGGUCACCUGGUUCUGCGUCCAGGAGCUGCUCCUCUCCGGCGUCUACAUCGUCGCCACCGCCCGCCUGCUCCGCCUCGACAGCGGCAGCCCCGCCUCGCGCGCCCUCCUCUCCCAGCUCCUCCUCGUCAACGUCCUCAUCGUCUUCCUGGACCUCGCCGUCGUCGCCAUCCAGUGGGCCGGCUUCUUCACCUUCCAGGUCACCUUCAAGGCCCUCGCCUACAGCAUCAAGCUGAAGCUCGAGUACAUUAUCCUGGGGAGGCUCGUCGAUGUCGCCCACAUCCGCACCCAGGGCGCCGGGCCCCGGUUUCGCAUAUAG